AUGCUACAAAGUGGGCGGAGAGUACGAGAAUCGGAUUCGGACAAGAGCUUGGAGAGUCUGGACGAUGAAGACGGGGAUCUGAAGGUGAUCGUGAUGGAGAGGAAUGGCUUCGACCAGAAGUUGUUGGGACGAUACCGAGCUUCGUAAGUUUUUAGUCGAGUACUAAUGAAAGUCGUGUUUGGGCUUACUUUUGUGUCGAUUCCAAUAAGAGUCAAUGUUAUCUGAUAUUGUUUUGACUAAUUUUAUGCAUUUUGUUGUUUUUCUGGUGUUGUUGAUGGAUUGAGUGCACUAUCCUUUUAAAAAGUUUAUUUUAUCAUACCAACAUUUCAGGAUUGAUGGAAGCUGUCUAGUAGACGAGGAAGACCCUUUAGUGUACGUAGACAAUGUAUUUUAUAACAACCUCCCUGGUCCAGGCAAGGCUAGCCAUUUAGAAGCUUCAUUACUAGAAUCUCAUAGAGUCGAAUUUACUCAGUCUCUAGGCGAAGUUGUGAUAUCGCUGAUCAAACGAGGUAAAAGCUACCAGAAUAAUUUGGAACAACGAGCGUUAAGUGACAGUUUCAACAGUUCUUCAGGAACGACAUCGGUGCAAUAA